AUCAAUUGCUAAAAUAAAUAUAUGUUCUAGAUUAGAUUUUAGCAGCUCGUUCGAGGCUCUUCUGGAUUCGCGCAGUUCAGCUAUCUAGCUAACAGUUGUCAAAUCGAAUCUGAUGGGUUGCAAAGACGCGCGAAGCAAUAAUGUCUUUCGUUGUGAUUUUUUUACUGUGCUGCACGAGUUAUAUGGUCAGAUGUGACAACCUAGAGAAUAAUUACAGUUUAGAUCUGAUUCAAGUAUUAUUUAGGCAUGGCGAGAGAACACCGAUCGACUGCGAAUCGAGGAUGCUGCAAGCGGUCAGCAACGCAUCGUCUUACGACCCGUGGGGUUACGGUGAAUUGACAAAUCGUGGAAUGAUGCAAGAGUACGAGAUCGGUCAAAUGUUGCGUAGAACGUACGAUCGUUUCCUGCCCAAGCUGUACAGACCCGAGCACGUAUACGCGCACUCCUCGGGCACGAGUCGCACGAAAAAUUCCUUGGCUUUGGUUCUGGCCGCGCUAUUUCCUCCCGCUGCCGAAUUGAGAUGGAACGAGCAUUUGAAUUGGAUGCCGAUCAAUAUUUUUACCGAUCCGAGACCUCUCGACGUGCUGAACAAGCCGCGCGACUGCGUAAAAUUUAAAAAAUAUUUAGAUGAUCUGAUAAAUUCGACUGAAUUGAAACCUAUGGUAGCGGAACACGAGGAGGUUACGAAUAUCGUUGGCAACAUUUAUGGACAAAAGUUCGAUUUAGGCGAUCUUUUUUGCAUUUAUAAUGCCUUAUUUAUACAGAAAAAUUUAAAGUUAAAUCUACCGCAGUGGUACAACGAUGACAUUUACGCAAAACUCCAAAGGGCCACGAAAUUUCACUUCGAGACCUUGUCAUACAAUUCAGAUCUGAAACGAUUGAACGGUGGAACCUUUGUGCGACGAAUGUUGGAAAACAUAAGAAAAUCACUCAACGAGUCCAAUCGUAGGAAAAUUUAUCUGUACAGCUCACACGAUAAAAAUUUGCACGCCUUCGCUCGAGCUCACGAUUUGGAUUUAGCCGAGUUGCCCGAUUACGGCUCAGCCAUAGUGCUCGAAAAGUACAGCGACGAUUUUGAUAAGCAUUACGUCAAGUUGUCGAUGUGGUCCGGAUUUCCCAAGAAGUUGAGAACUCUGAAAUUGAAAAAUUGCGAAGAAAUGUGUCCUCUCGACGAGUACACGAAGCUCAUCGAUCCCGUUUUACCUUCUGACGAAGAGAUGAUGUGUUUAUUCCAAAAUUUAGAACCCAGAGAUAUUCAAAGAAUUCUCACCACAGAUACGUCAGCUAUAGAUUCGUAGGAUUUGUAAUAAAAAUAAAUAAAUAAUUUUCAAAAAAUUUAAAGAUACAAUUUAUUCAUUGAAUCAAUUUACA